AUGGCUGGCCCGGAGGACGACGACCGGCUGCUGGCCGGGAGUGUGGAGGCCGCGCGCGAGGCCGCCGCCGCCGAGCGGCUGCGCCUGGGCCGCGCGCUCGGGGCCACCGUCGGCGCGCCACCAGAGGCCGAGGAAGCAGAGGCCGUGCGGGCAGACGCCCUGUGCUCGAUCCAGCACGAGGUCGAGCACAUCCUCCGCUGCGUUGACCGCGGCCGCGCAGAGCUGGCGGCCGCAAGGGCUGAGCACGAGGGGCGCGGGGAGGACGACACGCCGCCGGGCGCCGAGGCUGCGGCGGCCGGGCGCCGCGGCGGCGCCGCGACCCCUGCGGCGGGCGUCGGGCGGGCGCGCGUGGAGGCCUGGGCUGCCCAGGCCGCUCGGGCGCUGGAGGAGGAGGACCGCCGGUUCACCACGGUGAUGCUGGACACCGGUCACGGGCUGGCCUGGGCGAGACUGCCGAACCCGACGUGA